UAACGCCGCCUCAAUUUUCGGCAGCGUAGUGCAGGCUUCCCUCUGGGGCGAAUGGGCCGCGCAAGAGGUCCCAAGGUUCGAGUCCCAGUGCGGGAAUGAGCCUCUUUGACCUCUUCCGGGGCUUUUUCGGCUUUUCUGGACCUCGGAGGAACGAAACAGAACAGGCAGAAACACCUGUCAGCUGUUUGGUGUUGACCGUCCCCGCUGUCCGUGUUGACACCCUUGAGAUGGGUUAUGGCUUAAGUUGUGCUGAACUCUUGGUGGCUUGAUUGCCCCCACCCUCCGCCACAGAGAUCCCUUUUUUGGAGGGAUGACUCGAGACGAAGAUGAGGACGAUGAGGAAGAGGAAGAGGAAGGAGCCCCAUGGAGCCGUGGGAACCGGAGGUUUGAUGGUUCCCAGCACCCAGAGGAAUUUGGCUUCAGCUUCAGCUUCAGCCCAGAAGAAGGGAUGCGUUUCCAGGAUAACUUCGGCUUCGAUGACCUCGUACGGGACUUCAAUAGUAUCUUCAGCGAGAUGGGGGCCUGGACCUUGCCUUCCCGCCCACCUGAGCUUCCAGGGCCUCAGUCGGAAGCACCUGGUGAGAGACUGCAGGAGGGACAGACCCUUCGGGACUCAAUGCUUAAGUACCCAGAUAGUCACCAACCCAGGAUCUUUGGUGGGGUCUUGGAGAGUGAUGCAAGAACUGAGUCCCCGAAACCAGCACCAGACUGGGGGUCCCAGAGACCUUUUCAUAGGUUUGAUGAUAUGUGGCCAGUGACUCCCCAUCCUAGAGCCAGAGAAGACAAUGAUCUUGAUUCCCAGGUUUCCCAGGAAGGUCUUGGCCCAGUUCUCCAGCCCCAGCCCAAAUCCUAUUUCAAGAGCAUCUCUGUGACCAAGAUCACUAAGCCAGAUGGGAUAGUGGAGGAGCGCAGGACUGUGGUGGACAGUGAGGGCCGGAGGGAGACCACAGUGACCCGUCAAGAACCAGAGAGCAGUCCUAGAUGUGAUCCAGAAUCACCAAGACCUCCGGCCCUGGAUGAUGCUUUUUCCAUUCUGGAUUUAUUCCUAGGACGUUGGUUUCGGUCCCGGUAGCCUUGUUAAUCUUAGGGGCCUUCAGGUCCUUUCUACUUCUCACUCAUUGCCCACCAUCAUUAAGCUUAGCUUCUUCUGCCACCUCAGGGGCUUGGGUAUGUGGAACAGUGAUUUGGGGGUGUGUUAGUCUGCCACUCACCUAGACUGACCAAUAAAACCUUUAUUUAUGCUA